UAACGCUCACACACGCAAAUCGUUCAACAUCACAAUACCUAUGUUAUUGUUAGGCUACUCGACUGUUCAAGGUGACAUCCAAAGUUGCGAUCGAACAAUUUUUACCUCUACUGAGGGCAUUUUGAAUUAAGGAGACUUUUUGAUUAGAUCGACGGAAUUUGCAAAACACACAGAGGCAUGGCAGAUAAUAUGAUAACACAGCAGGGAAAAAGAAGACAACUUCUUUCAGAGACUGAUGCUAUUGUUUCUCCACCAGGAUCGUCUUUGUAUCCGAAAACUGCUGUUAUUUCAAGAGCAGCUUCUACGCCGGAAAUAUCUCUGGAAAACCGCAACUUCAUUCGAGAAAACUCCACUAAGGAGAAAGACUCAUGCAAAAGAAAAUACAGCCGCCCACGGAGUGUCAGCUUCCACCCAAACAUACGACUGUAUUACGCCGCGACUACGAACGAUUUAGACGAAGUGAAGAUGUUGAUCGAGUCAGGAAUGGCUGAUGUAAACGCGAGUAAUCCGGCCGAGGGUGCUACGGCUUUACACGGGGCCUCAUACGAAGGAAGCCUCGAGUGUGUCCGGUACCUUCUAGAAAAAGGUGCCAACGUGAACCUUUCGGACGAUGAUGGCUGGACACCGCUGCAUGCGGCAGUUUGUGGAAAGAAAAGGAAAUGCGUUGAUUUGUUGUUAAAAGCGAGCUGUGACCCUUUUGCUGAGACACUCGAUGGUUUAACGCCAUUUCAGAUGGCCAUCGAAAUGGGCAGCGAUAAACUACUCAGACAAUUCGUAAAGCGAUUUAGUUCUUUGAUGAAAGACGAAUCUGUUCGGGAGUCUUUGGUAUGAAUUUUACCGUCGCAUUUCUAAAACAGCUAAGGAGACAAGAGGGGUAUUUAUAUCCACCAUGUAGAAAAUUUCGUUUUUUAUCACAACUAGACGGGGAACAGUAUCAAAAAUUAAUUAAUUUGACGUCGGCCUCUUCUGAGUUCAAUAAAAAGAUUUAGCUGCAUUUUUCUGCACAAUUUUUUUUUUUCCAUUUCUAACUCAACAAAUAACCUUCCACUCAUAGCCUUAAUGGGGAACUUUCCACAAGGCUCGCAAUAAAGAGUACAUUUCACCAAACGGUGCUGUGCUUCAAAGUUAACACGUAGAUUGUUGAUGGUUAUCUUCGUGUGGUGUCGAAUAAUGCAGUCUGCUGUCAUUCACGAGAGAUGCACGCUUUGACAGAUCCUGAGCUAUUCAAAGUGCUUCAUGCGUGGUUAAUUCGUUGUAAUGGAGAGGUAUUAGACUAAAAUAUCACGACCUUUGUUAGUUCUAAAUCAUCUGGGAAUCAUUAGCGAUAAGUGGAACUCUUGGAUAGAGGCCCUCAAAUCGAUCACGGUCAAGUGUUUUCGCGAACCUGUAUACACGUUUGGAUUAUACACUCGAGGAAGGGUUAGCAACGACAUCGCACGAGGGAAACAUUUUUUCUAAGUCAGACACCAAGCAAACUUCUUAAAAGUGCAGCUGACGCCAAGUGCCACGCUGAGCCAUGAAUUAAGGUAAUAAUCGGUAGGAAAUUGAGUCUGCUUCACAGUUUAUCCGAGUCAGAAACAAGAUGAGAAAUAAAUCGGUUUUAACCAUGGUGUGAUGAGGAUAACGAUGACAAAGUACAAGAGAACCGAAAGUUCGAGAUCCGUUGAAAAUUUCCGCUCGAAGAAUGCAGGAUAAAAAUGUUGCUUUCUGGAAGUGUAUUCAAUUGAAAUAAAUCAUAUUUUGACAUGUGGACAGAACGAAAAAAGAAAAAAAAAAGAUAGAGAAACCGCAGGAAUACAGGCCCGUUCGAGUUGGGGUUCCAAAUCUUGUCUCUUAGAUGACCUUAGAUACCAUUUAAGCGCUACUACCAACUGAGCUUCAAGGCCGCACGAUAGG